AUGGACGCAGUUAUACGAGAUAUACGGACCGAGGAAGAAAAAGACGGCAGUCAAGCGCAUACACCUUCAUCCGGCCUAGACGAAGACGAGGAAAGGACAGAGUUCUUACAAAGAGUACUACUUGACUACUUAGCAAUCAACGGACAAAAAGAUCAAGCGUGGAACUGCUCCAGGCAUUUUUACAUCACACAAUGGUAUAGAGACAUGGUCGUUCAGCCCAAAGCAUCGCCUACGAAAAAACCCAAACACAAAUCUAAGAAACGAUAUAAAGUUCUCAGCAGCGAUGAAGAUUCUGAUGCAGACGAGGACAGCGAAAGAGAGUCCAAGAAGCAGGUGACGACAGCUGUAAUGUCUGCGGAGAAAUUCAAAACUAUAGAGCGAAGGAAAUCUUUCUUCUUAGAGAAAAUUCGACCUUUUCGGUAUCAAGGUGGGACUCAGGUCCAAGUGAUGCAGUCGUACAUAGACUACAGUGGGGCGGAACUUAUCUCCCAGUACUUAGCCUCCAAGCGGUCGUUCUCGCAGAGUUUCGACAAGUACCUUAGAAAAAUCCUAGUGAUCCUGUGUGAAAAUACAAUAGCUAUCCGGACGAAAGCAAUGAAGUGUUUGACGAUGAUCGUGGAGGCGGAUCCCUCUGUGCUGGCGAGGCCCGAUAUGCAGAUCGGUGUCAACCGGUCUUUCCUCGACCAGUCUACUGCAGUGCGGGAGGCGGCCGUUGACUUGGUCGGCAAAUUCGUUCUCAGUCGCCCGGAUCUCAUAGACAAGUACUAUGGAAUGCUUUCUAACAGGAUAUUGGACACAGGCGUGUCUGUCAGAAAACGAGUGAUAAAAAUAUUAAAAGAUAUCUGUAUAGAGUGUCCCGAGUUUCCGAAAAUACCCGAGAUUUGUGUAAAAAUGAUUAGGAGAGUGAACGACGAGGAGGGUAUUCGGAAAUUAGUUAUGGAGGUAUUUCAAAAUAUGUGGUUUACGCCAUGUCGUAAUACGGCCAGACCUGGAACAUUAGACCUUACCACGGCCACAGCAGACCCUCUGACUAGGAAGGUCUUGAACAUCACCGAUGUUGUGAUCUCCUCAAGGGAUAUGGGCUUGGAGUGGUUCCAACAGUUAUUGACUAGUUUAUUUAAACCUAAGGAGGACAAAGAUGAUUCAACGAAGAUAAUUUACCAGCCGCCUAAAUCUCUACUUGUUGCGUGUCAACAAAUAGUUGACUGCCUCAUAGAACAUUUGCUGCAGUUAGAGGAAACGAAUACGGAUGGUAACAGUUCUUCACAGCGUAUUUUAGCGUGCCUCUCAACUCUACAUUUGUUUGCAAAAAUUCGGCCGCAAUUGCUCGUUAAUCACGCACUGACGUUGCAACCAUACUUGAGCUUAAAAUGUCAGAAUCAAUACGAGCAGCAAAUAAUGUCAACGGUGGCUUCGACCCUGGAGCUGGUAGUGCCUUUAAUGGAACACCCCAGCGAAGUGUUUCUGGCUCAGCUGGAGGAAGACGCAGUGAAACUGAUUCUCCAGCGGGGACAACUAGUUAUAGCCUCAUGCAUCGCCUGCUUAGCAGCUAUCGUUAACAACCUAACGCACAACUACAAACUCAUACGGGACGUCUUUAACCAAUACCACAGUAUUCUUCUGCAGUGGAAACAGGGCUGGCAACGGAAUCCAGAAGUGACUCGGUCAUUGCACUCGAGGCCUCACUUCCGCCGAGCUCUGUUCAUUGUGGGCCUUCUGUUAAGAUAUUUUGACUUUACCGAUGGCAAAGUUAUUGACGGAUUACAUAAUGACAUCAAAGAACAAGUGUACAGUACAUUAAUGUAUUUCGUUGGUCUUGAAGACGAAGACUUCGUGUCACACACGUUGAAAGCGCUCGGCUCUGUGUGUGUCAGGCAUUAUGAGUUCAUGUUAAGGCAAGAAUUGAAGGAGUUCUAUCAUCAUCUCCUUACGUCUGAGCUGGCCCCUAUUGAGAUGAAAGCAGAUGUUCUCAGAAAUAUUGAGAUGUACUUACAAGAGGAAGAACAGCGGAUGAUCAGACAGGAUAAGGAAUGGUCAAAAAAUUCCAAAAUGGAGAACUUAAAGGAGAUGGGAGAUGUUUCAUCUGGUAUGGCAUCGACCGUGAUCCAGUUGUACCUGAAGGAAAUUCUCGACUCCUUCCUCCACCCCAGUACUACAGUGCGAUCCAGUGCCAUGAAGGUUGUUCAGUUGGUGCUCGCGCAGGGACUGGUCCAUCCCGUUCAGAUUGUCCCCUAUUUAAUAUCGAUGAGUACAGAUACAGAAGUAACUGUGUCACAUACAGCAGACAAAAACCUUCAAGAUAUUGACAAAAAAUAUCCAGGUUUUAUUCACAUGAAGGCUCAACUCGGUAUCAAGUUGUCUUACGAGUUACAGAAGAUUUUACAGGUGAAAUGCAAAGGUGCCAUUAGAGGGUUUAGGAAAAAGGAACAAGACGAUCUACCGUCCGCGCUGAAUGGUUUUUUAUAUUCAUUAUUACGAAAUACGAGACCGCAGAGGCGGGCACUCGUGUUGUCGUUACUGAAACAAUUCGACGAUGCUUCGACUGUGCCACUGAAUCAGAUGUUGUUUCUGGCUGAUAACUUAAGUUAUUUUCCAUAUCAAGUUCAAGAUGAACCCCUUUUUAUAAUUCACCAUAUCGACAUUAUUAUUUCUACUUCGGGAUCCAAUCUCUUGCAGCUUUUUCGUGAGGGAUUAAUUAAGGACGAAACAGAGGAGAAAGAAAAAGAGGCACUGGAUGAAGAAGACGAGGAAGAGGAAGCCGAGUCGCUGGUCUGCCGGAUGCCUGAAGAUGCACGCCCGCUAAGGGACGCUAUGAGAAAGGCCCGGGGCUGCUUAUUGCUGCUCGUGCUUAAGCAGCACUUAAAGCAGUUGUACGGCCUCACUGACGCAAAAAUAAAUCAGUAUUCGCCAUCAGAAAAUGUGAAAGUAUAUGAGAAGGCAAUAUCGCGGAGACACGCACCGCAGUUCGAGCCCAAAGCGACGAUCGCACAGCUCGAACAAGACGAUGUCGUUGAAGAACUCGACGAACACUCGCGACGACGACUCGUCGAUGACUACUUAGAGUUUAAGCAACUAAUGUUGAAAUUCGACCCUGAAGAAGAGGAGGAGGAAGAGGCCAGUGCAGCGACGAGUACAGCGGGAGCGGGGGCAGCAGCGGGCAGCAAGAGUGCGCCUCCGCCCGCUGCUCCCCCGCCGGCCCCGCCCACAUAG